GUGUACUGUGAUAGUCAGUGCCCAGUGUUUAGCCAAGGAUUCAGGAUGUUGUUCCUGGCGCCACGCAAGCAUUUGCUUGCGAGCAAUUUACUAAUUCUGCUAAUGAUUUAUGUAAUGCGCAAGUGUUUGCAAUUAUUCUGCAUCAUUGAGAAUAAGGCGUGCAAACAGGACGAUUGCAAUUGUGAGCCAGGACAGGAGCAGGAACAGGACAAGGAACAGGACAAUUGCCAGGACUCGCCGCUGGUGCAGCGUCGUGGAGGAUUCAAAUUGAUUCCGGAUGCCAUGCGAAAAACCAUGCAUGGUUUUGGUUACGGCGAGGGACAUUAUCAGAUAUUUGUGGAGAAAAAGGAACGCAAUUUUCCCACCAAAUCCCGCUUGAAUGCGGCCAGUGCUGAACUCAAGCUGAAUCCCAAUUAGUUGACAGCUUUGCAGCUAAAUCAAAUGUGUGACCUCCAAGUCACCACAAACAUAUGUGCCAAUCACAACAACAAUUAUCCAAGUGUCUUCUUACCACAAAUGUUUUCAUUAAUUACGAGCUUAAGCAUUCAUUCAUUUUAUAAACGAGUACUCGUAUUUUGAAGCGCAUUCUCUUGGCCAUUAAUAAAAAUUAUAAAAGCUAAA